AGUCGCCGACGCCUCGGGGUUCGGGCCAACCACCGGCAGUAACUCGUCCUAAACCCACCUCCCUCGGCGAAAGCUGAACCGCAGCGGCAGGCAAGCAUCCACAUCUCACACUGCUCUCGGCGCUCGAUUUCCCUCCAAACGAAACCAACCACAGGCACAGCGCGCUCGAGUCGGGCUCGUCGGAUGGCGUCCGGUGGAGUCGCACGCGGCCGCCUCACCGAGGAGCGCAAGACGUGGCGCAAGACCCACCCCCAUGGGUUCGUGGCGAAGCCGGCGACGCUGCCGGAUGGCUCCGUCAACCUCAUGGUCUGGAAGUGCGUCGUCCCCGGCAAGGAAGGCACUGAUUGGGAGGGUGGUUAUUUCCCAGUUACCCUCCACUUUACUGAAAAUUACCCGAGUAACCCUCCAACCUGCAAGUUUCCACGAAAGUUUUUACAUGUCAAUGUCUACGAUUCUGGGGAUGUAUGCCUGUCAAUACUUGGCGACGCAUGGAAGCCUUCCAUCACAAUGCGGCAAAUUCUUAUAGGCAUCCAGGACCUUCUAGAUAACCCGAAUCCAGCAUCCCCUGCACAGGAUUUGGCGUAUGAUCUCUUUACAAAGAAUAUGCUGGAGUACAGGAAACGUGUUCGUCAGCAGGCGAAGCGGUAUCCUUCGCUGGUGUAGCAUUGGACCGUCUGCCAUACACUUGGAGUUAACCAAAGUACUCAUGGUGGAGCGGAACGUGUCAUGAUUGUGUUUAUGAUCACACACUGGAAUUGGCGACAUAGCCGUACGCUUAUUGGAACCUCUAAAAUGCACUUAAAAUGCAACACUUAUUGCUAAUUCUUGUCACCA